CUCAAACUGAAAAAGAAAAUAUUGAAAAUAAUGAAUGGAAUAUUAAAGAAGAUAUACAUAAAUAUCAUGAUAAGAAUACCAAGAUCUCUGUAACACUUAAUAUAGAAGAUAAAGUUUUGUAUUUUGAAGCGGCUAAAGACAAAACACAUUCAGGAAAAUUAGAUCAAAAAUGGAAAGGACCGUACUAUAUCCAUCAAUUGUUAUUAAAUGGAUCAUAUAAGAUAAAAGAACUAGAUGGUCGUGUACUUCGAACUUCA